AUAGGGGGAGAAAAAAACUGGAGAAAGACAAGGAAAGGUGUCCGGUAAAGGGUGGCGCACUGGAUCAUGCUUACAGGUAGUUUAAAAAUGGCCGCCACCAGGUAGAAACUGUUCUCGGUGUGUGUCCAGUGGCAUUAACAAAAUGGUCUCUGCCUCGGGUGAAUUUGUUCAUAUCUCCUUCCUCCGAUAGGUACAAAACGAGUUGAAACAGAUGGAACAAUGGGCCUUGUGAAAUAGGGGUGCAGAGGACGGGGGAUUGUUUGUUUUUUUUUUUUGGUUUGUUUUCAUGUUUGGUGCGGCUUGAUAACAUUCCACAAGGGUGCCACAAGGUGUUAUCCGGAGGUGAGGAGUGAGUGAGAGGGAGCAACGGAACCGUUUAACUCGUACAACACCAAAUAAUCGGAGAUGAACAUGGCUAUCCCGUCAUCCAAAUCCUAAAUACAGCUGCAAGAGUCACAAGCACAUUGCCAUGGAGCACGCCGAUCUUGUUUCGGAGAUGGUGCACGUGGAGAGGCUGACCACCCAGGAGAGACUCCACUUGGCCAGACACCGGAGGCUCCAGCAGUUGAAGGUGUGGAGGCAGCGAGAGAAGGAGUGGCUCAGGCACCAGACCAGGCACUCCAGCAACAAGAGGGGCAUUUACUUCGAUGACUCGGUGAUGCUCCUGGAGGCAGCUGCCAGGAACGAUAUAGACGAGGUGAGGAGGCUCCUGAAAAAGGGGGUCAAUCCUGAUUCAACCAAUGAAGACGGCCUCACUGCUCUGCACCAGUGCUGUAUUGAUGAUAACGAGGAGAUGAUGAAGCUGUUGACUGAGUUUGGGGCUAAUGUCAAUGCUGAGGAUAGUGAAAAGUGGACACCACUUCAUGCAGCUGCCACAUGUGGACAUCUUCAUCUCGUCAGGUACUUGAUUGCUGCUGGUGCUAAUCUCUUGGCUGUCAAUGCCGAUGGAAAUAUGCCUUAUGACAUAUGCGAAGACGAAAAAACAUUGGACUGUAUUGAAGGGGAAAUGGCUAGUCGAGGAGUCACACAAGAGCUAAUCGACGAGACUCGAGCAGCGACUGAGAUGCAAAUGCUCGUGGAUCUGCAGAAAUUAGCAUCUGUUGGUGGAGACUUGGAGUACAAAGAUCACCAGGGAGCAACACCCCUCCACAUAGCGGCAGCCAAUGGCUAUCUACGAGUGGUUGAGUUCCUUUUGGACCAGCACGUUUCCACGGACGUGGAGGAUAACGAUAAGUGGCAACCAGUUCACGCCGCUGCCUGCUGGGGUCACUUGGAAGUUCUCGAACUACUAGUACAAAACGGUGCGGAUUUGAACGCGAAAAAUAAACACGAAGAGACACCAGCAGAUAUUUGUGAAGACCCGGAAAUCAGGGAGCGAAUUGUGGAGUUAAAAACUGAGCAGGAGAGCAAAAAACUUCGCGAAGCACAAAGUAGACGCAUACGAAGAUCUCAGAGUAUAAACACGAGAACACAAAGUGUCAGGAGAACUUCAAUUAGGGAUAAAGUACUGACGACGAAGAAGGAUGCGCAGGAGGAGGCAAGGCUGAGGAUACAGGCGCAACAGACUUAUGCAGGGCCAACAUCGACGGAUCCACCAACUUCGAACAGCACCAACACGCAAGAGGCUAAAGCGGAUGAACCAGACUCAACGGCUUUGACAGUACGUCGGGGACCAGAAGGGAAAGACAAUGAUUCAUUCGUUAACGAAGACGUUGAUAAAGAUACAGUGACAGGGCCAGACUCGCCUGUCGGCAGCCAACAGCCGAUAUACACAGCUGAGAGUGAUGCUAAUGGCAAGAUCAACAUACACGUGUCUGUAGUUUUCGUCAAAUCGUUGUCCGAUCUGAAGAAACAACGCGCCCAGAGCCGACACACAACACCAACUAUUGUUGAUGCCAAUGGCAAUGGGGUACCAGUGCCUGUAUCAUCGAAAGCUGAUAGCGAAUUAACCGUUGAUGAUUUCCACCGGUUCUCGGGGAACACGAGUGACAUCAUUGGAGAUAAUCAGAAUGAGCAGCGCUGUUGCGUUUUGAUGUGAGUUUCAAUUAGCUUUUCAUAACUCAUCCAGCAUGCAUAAUUAAGUAUGCACUUGGCAACUUCCACCAACCAAUUUUCCAACAUCAUUCAUCAAAAAUAUAAUCAAACUACGUUAUUUACCAAAUAGAAUUUAAAUUAUUUCUACCACUGUGCCGAAUUCUCUACCUAAUGUCGUUCUCAUUUACAUCGCUCUUGAUUCAUCGAUUUUUAUAGACUUCAGUAUCCCGAAAAUGGGCUUGAACAUUUUUACGUCCAACGAAAUAAUCGAAAAUUAUAACUAAUUAAUGUGAUUCUUUAAUGGAAGUUAGUUGUAUUUGUUAGAAUAUUGAAUUUUCCAUUUAUAACUGUUGAAGUAUUAUUUCCUCUCGAGCAGAAGGAAGAUAAGGUUUAUCGUACUUAAUAUGUUGGCUCAUUAGUUUUGUAAAAAUUUAUUAAAAUCUAUCACGCGUGAAGAAAAAAUCGUAGAAUAUGACUAUUGAAUUUUUUAUUCGCGCGUGCUGAUGGUAGCAUCGCAGCAUGAAGGUGCAGUUUUUAGUGUUGGGAUUAAACAUAAUAUUCCCCAGUCUAUCCAACUUGGCACAGCUUGAAUCAAGUUUAGAUAUUUAGUUCAACGUUCAUGUAUAUAAUUUCCACUUAUUUAUUUUUAUCGUAAGUAGGUUAUUUUAUUCCAAUGAAUUCUCUUAGUUUUUCACGAAAACAUCAGCAGCAUGUCAUAAUAAUAUUUUGUUUUCAAAUUAUUUCGUUGUCAAUCUGUGGGAUUUUUAAUGUUAUAACACAGUAUUGAAUUGUGUAAAGGUGAUUCCUCAGAUGAGUUCAUGGAUAAUUAAAAAGUGAUAAGAGGAAGUUUUCAGUAUCGCUACUGGUGCUUAUCUCUAAAUGACGUACGUAUGUGAGCGAAAAUUCACUAUUGAUGGAAAAAGAAUAUUGGAAACCCGGAAAAAUUUGUGGAAUCACCUUCACACGAAAGUUUUCCAUUAAUUUCGAUGCUUGCUAUUCUAAGAAAAUAUCGUUGAGACAUCCAUCUAAGCCUACAGGUAUUCUCUCACCUUGAGAGCCAGUUCCAGGUUGAGAAAACAAAAAAAAAAAUUGCUCAUUCAUGAUUACUUUAAUCGUUAAAACGUAGUACUUAAUAAAGAGAAAUAAAAUUCUAUGAUCAAUUUAUAGGAAAAUAUGUUGGCUCAGUGAGCCGAAAAAGCGUUGUGAUUUAUAGAUGCG